UCGUGCACCUAAUCCUCUGAGCAUGUCAGUGAACAAACCACCUGCACUAUCUCCAUCGUCUGUCCGUACAUCAACGAAUAUUGUACAAUUCUUCAGCACCUUCAGCGAGCCUUUCUUGCCACCACUACCUUCAACCUCGCUUGGACUAUUCUGAUCUGUACCCGCAUUAUCACUCGCACCUCUGGUAAGUACUCCUGAUGCGUUCUUUGGAGCAUCCAAAACUUCCUUUUCUUUACCCUUACCCUUGGCAACGGUUCCCUGUGUUCCAGUCGGAUAACUGCUACUUGCAGAUCGCAAACCGGUCCGGGUGGGCACACGCGUUGGAGGUAGCGAAGACAAAGACUGCGAGAGUGCUUGGGAAGCCAUCGUCGCUCUUUGAGAAGCAUUUAUUCUCCACUCAGUGCUGCGUUUUUCUUUCUCCUUGCUCGUUCCUUUAUCAUCCUCGACUCCGUCCAUGUCUUCGACGGGUUUCUCGACUUCUCCGGAGGUGUUGAUGUCAACUACUAAAUCCGUUAUGCGAAGAGGGAUAUAGCUCGAAGUACCAGUUCCACUCCCCUGUGCCGCCGCUGCCUCGUCGCUGCCCGUACUAGCAAAAUCAAACGAGCCAGCCCCCUUCACCGGGCUGGCUUCCACGCUUGGUAAACUCGUCUUCCGACUAGCCUUCGGCGCGAUUUUAGAAGCGCCGAUACCUAUAC